AUUGAGCCUGCCAUGGCGGACAAGCUCGAGACUGUGAACGAGCGCAACUGCGGCGCCAAGACCACGCACGUGCGAGUGCUGGACCCGAUGGUGCGCAAGACCAAGAAGGACUGCGAGGUCUUCACCUGCAAGCUGAUCAGCGAGAGUGGCCUCUAUUGCACAGCCGAACAUAUGAUCUUCGGGGACUCGCCGGCGGCGCGCACGAGAGUCAGCAAAGCAUUGACGACCAAGUGGACCGCGAAAUCCGCGUGGUCUCUCUCAAAGCUGAAGCUUGUGCGCAAGAAAGAGGCCUUCCACGGGAGCCCGCACUCAUGCGCACUUCAGCUGAACAACAAGGCCAUGACCACGAAAGCAUUGGACGCGCCGGAGGCCAACAAGCUGCCGGACGAGCUGGAGCCCCCCGUGGGAGUCCAGGAUGUCCUCGACCUCUCGCAGGACCAGGCGAUCGACCUCCACGGGUUCGUCUCGGAUGUUUCUCCCGAAGCCCAAUUCAAAGGCAAGAACUUGGUGGAGGCCACGGUCUGCAACGAGGCCGGAAGCAGCAUCACCUUAAAAUUCUGGGAGGAGAACGCCCCCCGCGCAGAGCAACUGCAGAAGAAAGAGCCCAUCUACAUCCACGGAGCGUACUUGGUCCACCCCGACAGUGGCGGCGUGCACCUGUCAGUCCGGGAGUCCACGUCCUUCGCCGCGCCUACAGGCACGCGCCCCAAGAUAGCGGUCGGGCCCGCCACCAGCUCCAACGCGGCCGUCCUGGACGCGCUCCUCCAGAGCAAGACGACGCCCCCGGACACCCUGUUCGAGAUCCCGGCAGCGUCAUUCUCCCUCAGCGACACGGAGACGCUCUUGACAAAAGAUGGGACCCGCGUCUGGGCAUCCGUGCGCACGGUCGACCACGCUGGGUCCGUGGAGGCCAAGGUGACGGAGAAGGUCGCCCUCGCGCUGACUGGCUGCGCGGACAAGGCGGAAUUCCAGGCCGACGUUGAACAGGGGUCCGCGACGUGGACCCGGGCGCGCGUUCGGGCCACGCUGCGCGCCCCGAAGAGCGUUGAUGGCGACAGGACGAGCACGGACCCCCGCCUGAUCAUCGUGCGCGCGGACCCCCGGAACUUCGACGCCGUCGCCCCGCUGCCCGCCCCGCACAGCGACAGCCGCGUCGUUCCCACGAACGCCCGCAGCAUUUCCUUGAGCACCACCGGGAAGCUGACCAUCACCAUCGGCUCCGCGCGCUUCCGCGCGAGCGGCGCGCUCCCCCUGGUAGAGGCCACGAAAGACCCCGAGACCGUGCCGCGCGAGGGCGGCUUCGCGAUCACCAACUACAUCGCGGACGCGGCGGAGAGCGACUCCGACCAGAAAGCCGUCUUCCACGCCGUGACUGCCUGCGCGACGAAACGCUUGGGCCGCUACGCGCUCGCGAAGAAAGACCAGGCGCUCAUCGUGGUCACCCACUUCGACGCCGCGACGUCCGAGUUCACCGUGAGCGACAUGUGGAAGUUGCCGCCCAGCAUCACGCCCGACGCGCUCAGGGCCGAAAUUGCUGCUGCAGGUGAGACUCUGACCAGUCGCCUCACGCGCGCCAAGCGCAAGGCCGACCCCAAGGCCGAGGACAACUUCGACGAGUUCCUCGGGCCCGCGGUCAAGCGCAUCCACGAGGCGUUCGGCGACCCGGCCGCGCCCGCGGAGUGA